CAAACACCUUUCUUCCGAAUUUGAAGUUUUCAAGACCAAGAGGAGCGAUAAUAUGGAGUGAACGAAAAUAGCGAGUGAACUACCGUUUCUUGAAAACCAUUCACCAUUACUACUUUUCGCAAAAAUGACCCGUUCUGAACAGGUCAUUUUAGCAAAAAGUUGUAACGUUCUUUCGUGAACGACACAUCUCUAAUAUUGGUUAGUAAAACGUAACUUUUCAGUUUAGUGUUUUGUUUAUUCCAUGUUUUUAUUCGAAUUAUCAUGCCAGUUAAAAUGGAAGUUGAAAAAUCACGUGAAUCAGUGCCUACUAAUCAUUAUAUGUUGAAAAAAAGUGAUUCUGACUAUGUUUAUUUAAAAAUAUUAGUAAAAAAUUCUUCUGAAAAAGGAGAAUGCAGAAACCCAGUUUUUUUGAAAAAUUAUUUAUUAAAAUGUAUGGCGAAUAGUUUUGGAGAGGUAAAUGGUCUUGUUCCUGUUGACAUCUUGAAGUAUGACCAAACGCUUAAUGAAGUAAUAAUAAGAUGUAAUUCAAUAACUUUUCAACGACUUGCAAGUUCAGUAAUAUUAAAUAAUUCAAAGUUAAAUUAUUUCAGAAUCCAAAAAGUAUCAUAUAGUAAUCCAUUAGGUCUGAUGUUUAGUUCUAGAGACUAUUGUCAUUGUUCCAAGAAGAACAAAAAAAGAAAAAGGAAACUGUCUAAUUAAUUGAUUACUUUUUUUAACACAUCUCAUUUUGAAGUACUUAAAAAGAAAAUAAAUUUUAACUGGUUUGUUUCAGCUAAAGGUCGAAAAGUAUCUUAUGUAUACAUGUGUAGAUAUAUUUUUAAAAUUAUAUACACAGUGAUAUAAAAAAGUGUUGGAACCAACCAAAUUUUUAUAAGAAUGAUAAAUGUUUCAAUUUAAAAAUGUUUUUAUCUGUUUAAUUGUAAACUCAUUUUAUCAUGCAGACAUUGUAGAUUUAAUAUAUAUGUAAAUUAACAUUAUUUUCAAUUAACAACAAAUCAUGGGACCAAUCCAUUGUUUUUACGUUCUUUUUAUUCUCUGAAUAAGACUACUUUAUUGUUAACAUCAAGAGCUGUGGUAUAAACUCUAGAAAGCGGAGUGUAUCUGUGAAAAUUGUUCUAUAUUGGAAUUCAUCACUUUUUUUUUCUGUAAUUUAAUUUAACAUUCAUCAUUUUUUUUUUUCCUAUUUAAUGUUAUUUUAUUUCAGAAAAUGGCUAAGUAUCAUAUUUUGACCAACAUAAAAUUAUAAUUUUGUAUCAACAAUGGCUUAAAUCAGGGUAAUUCAAAAAGCAGUUUGAAGGUUUUAUUUGUGGAAUUUAUUAUGCCAUCAAAAAGUUGUUAACAAUCAAGCAAACUGGAGACUUGAAACAUUCAGGCAGGUCUAAAAACCAUAGUACUAUUGCUGAUCAACAUUUAAAAUUAUUCUGUUCCAGCAACCACUAAAAAAAAUAGCAGAGAACUACAAAUAUCCAAGUUUCAUCCUUGAUCAGAAGGAAACUCCUAUCAUUUGGCCAUAAAGAUUGUGUUGCAAGAAGAAAAUCAUUUUUUCGAUCUCUUAACAAGCGCAAACAACUAAGUAUGCCAAAAAAAACAUGAAUUUGGAUGAAAGAAGAAUGGAACACAUUUUUAUUGAGAUGUGUCAAAAUUUGAAAUGUUUGGUUUCGAAAGAAGCCAGUAUGUUAUAGAAGAUCUGGAGUGGAAUUUUCAGAUGAAUGUUUGGAACAACAGUAAAACAUGAAGGUGGCUUCUUAAUAGUUUGGAGGUGAGUUUCUAGAUCUGGAGUAGGAUACCUCUUGUGAAUAUUUGGAAAACUGGAUGCAAAAUGGUACCAUAGCAUUCUUACAUACCAUCUAGGCUUUAGCUGAUUGGGCAGAACUUUAAUUUUCAGCAAGAUAAUGAUAAGAAAUAUGGUAUUUUAUCAUUUUCUUAAAUAAAAGUAAGAUUAAAUAAAAAAAUUAUGAAAUAGUAAAUUAAAUUAUCGAAAAAAGCAAAGAAUUCCAAUAUUAGAAAAAUUGUCACAAAUACUCUCAGCUUUCUAGAGUUCAUACAAAGGCUCUUGACAUUAACAAUAAACAGCAAAGACUGAAGUGUAUAAAAAGUGGCAAAAUAUGAACAAUAAAGUAGUAUUAUAGUACUUAAUAAUAGGAGUAUCAGACAACUAAACAAUAUCUGAAAGAUUAAAUCAGUUUUCAACUAAGAAAAUAAAAAUUGAAACAAUCAUUUUUAUAAAAAUUUGGUUUGUUGCUAUGCUUUUUAUGAUUCAUUAAAAUUGUACAUGUAGCAUUUAUUUAUUUUAUUUAUUUAAAAAGCUUCUUUUUUUUUUUUUUUUAAUUUCAUAAACCAUUGAAUAUAAAGAAAAUACAGAAGUGUCAUACGAAAACUAUAUUACAGUUAAAGGUGUAUGGACUAUUUUCAAAUCUUCUAAAUUCUUAGUAAUAAGUAAAUUAAAUAGCUUGUAAAUAUUUUGGAAGUAUCGUAUUUGCUAAUUUUUCCUUGAUCUUAAAUUGUAAAAACUGUUUUCAGGAUCAAUGUAUAUCAAAUGAUAUUUCUGUUGUUUAAUAACUUAUUGAUUUCUAGAUCAAAAUAAGUCUUUGUGUUGGUUUAUGCUUAAUGCUGUUUUAUAUAGAAGUCAAAAUUUAAAGAAGUUUAUUGACUGUUUAAUAGUUGACCGUUGCGUUGCAAAGGAAGGAGAUGGUCCGGGAUGGCGGUCAUAAAUGGGCUAAAUAGUGUCAAAACUAUUUUAUUAAAAGCCAACGUUUCAACCUGACUUUUGCAGUCUUCUUCAGGGCUAAAACGGACAAGAUACAAAAAAUAUAGAGAAUUGUGGAAGUUACAUAAUAUUUAGAAAAAAAAAAUAUAUAAACAAUGUGAAUAAGCUUAUUAAAAUCUUAAAUAGAAAGUACAUUAAAAUAUAAACAGAGUAACCUAAGUAACAACAUCCUAAACUGAAGUAAAUAGAUCGUAACAAUUGUUAUAGUGUAAUAUUUAAUACAUGCAAAUGUGAAUAUACUUCUACAGAUCUACGGGAGAGAUUGAAAAAGGAUAUAAUAUGAAAUAGUGGACAUAUAGGAAUGUGGAGAAAGAAAGAAAAACCACAUACAUAUACAUAUAAAAUAGAAUUAAGAAAUUAUAGAUAAGAGUACAAUGUGAAUAAAAACAAAAAUGGAAGAAGUAACAUAAAAGUAAAAUAUAAAUAUAGAAAUAAGAGACCGUACAUUGCAGAACUACUUAAAAAGUAUAGGGAGGAAAAAAAGAAAAGAAAAAUAUGAAUAAUUAUAAUUAUAUUUAGUUGUACAUAUGUAAGAAAAUAACAUUUAAAUAUUAGAUAAUAUUGAGACAUGGUUAAAAAGUAAAAUGAAUACAAAGUGAAAACGGAUGAUCAUACAUUGAUAUAGAAAGUAAAUAUGAAAUUAAAAUAAAGGAGAGAUCAUACAAAGCAGAAAUAAUUAGAAUAAUCAACUAAAUUGAAUUAAUCAAUAAAAAUUGAAAGUAGAUAAAAAUAAUACGAUAUAAUAUAAAUUGUUUUUCACUUAUAAGAUUUAAAAUGUGUCUAUAUGUUAAAGAAAUGCAGUUUUUAUCUACUUUAUGAUUAACAGGAUUCUGUUCCAUGUGAGUGCGGAUGGAUUCAGAAAUGAGUAUUUUUUUCAUGGUUAGGGACCGUGGCAAGGAUAGAGGUUUUUUCAAAAUCAAAUGAGUGGUUGAGGGUUAAGGCAUGUUCUGAUAGUUUGGAGGCGGAAGGAUUCUGGGCAAGGUAUCUAAAACUACAUUAGAUCGGUGUUGUAAAAGUAUGGGAUUCUUCAAGUUGGUGAAAAGGAAAGAAAGUUUGUUAUGGGUCUUAAGGUCAAGACGUAAGUUGGUUAUAGUCGAUUUUAGGAAUUUUUGUGUAUUAUCUGAGAGAAUAGGAAUAUAGGGGAGAGAUUUGUAAAUGAAAGGAGUGGUAGCUGAUUGUGCGGAGUUGAGAGAAGGGGAGGUUGUACUCUUUUUGGUUGUAAAGCAGUUUAAAAAUUUAAGCACAGUUUAAUUUCAUAUUUACUUUCUACGUCAAUGUAUGAUCAUCCAUUUUCACUUUGUAUUCAUUUUAAUUUUUAACCAUGUCUCAAUAUUAUCUAAUAUUUAAAUGUUAUUUUCUUACACAUGGACAACUAAAUAUAAUUAUAAUUAUUCAUAUUUUUCUUUUCUUUUUUUCCUUCCUAUACUUUUUAAGUAGUUCUGCGAUGUACAGUCUCUUAUUUCUAUAUUUAUAUUUUACUUUUCCAUUUUUGUUUUUAUUCACAUUGUACUCUUAUCUAUAAUUUCUUAAUUAAUUAUAUGUAUAUGUGUGUAUUUAUGAUUUAUUAUUUCAUAGAUAUUGUAUUUGUUUCCCCCUCUUAUCCAUCCAUAUCUUUAAAUUCCGCAAAUUCAUGUCAUCAAAAUUCCCCAAUACUUACCCUUACCCUUAUUUUCCAGUUCUAAGUGAAACUCAAACUCCCACCUGAAGUGAACACACCUGUAAGACUCUAUUUUUAUUUUAUAUACUUAUUUAUUCAUUUUUGGUUUUCUUUUCUUUCUCCACAUUCCUAUAUGUCUAUUAUUUCAUAUUAUAUCCUUUUUCCUUCUUUUUCAAUCUCCCCCGUAGAUCUGUAGAAGUAUAUUCACAUUUGCAUGUAUUAUAUAUUACACUAAAACAAUCGUUACCAUCUAUUUACUUCAGUUUAGGAUCUUGUUACUUAGCUUACUCUGUUUAUAUUUUAAUAUACUUAAUAAUAAUAAUAGAAAGGCUUAGCGAACCCGAAGGUUCGAUGCCGACACCACCGAUCGCUUAUUACACACCUCCCUCCACCGUUCGCCGUCCAAACCCAGUCCCUUCAGAUCGGCUUUAAUGCAAUCUUCCCACCUUCGCUUCGGUCUACCCCUCAGACGCUUACCAUUCGGCACAGCAAAUAUUAACCUUUUAGGAAUUCUCUCGUUACUAUGUCCAACAACUUUACAAGCCCAUUUGAUUCGCCGCGAUGAAAUUAUCUCAAUUAUAUUACUCAGAUACAGUUCACGCAAUUCGGCGUUGUGUAACCGUCUGAACUCUCCGGUUAACUCAUCCUUCUUUGGUCCAAAUAUUCUAUGCAAUACUUUAUUUUCAAGAACUGUAGGCAAGAUAAUUGUUUUAUAGAUUCUAAUUUUUAAGUUUCGGGACAAGAGGCGCGAACUAAGUAGUUUUGUCACAGAAAAAUAACAAGCAUUUCCCGCCUUCAGUCUAACCUUAAUUUCUUCUUCAAUUUCGUUUUUUCUAGUUAUCGUAGAACCUAGAUACCUAAACUUAUCUACCUGUUCAAACAUAUUACCAUCUAUAUCGAUAUCACCAGUAGUAUCGCCAUUUUUGCAGCUAACCAUAUAUUUUGUUUUAUCCACGUUUAUUUCGAGUCCUAGUUCUUUACCGGCUUUCAUUAACGUUGUCGUAUUUAGUUUUAUAGUUUCAAGGUCUUCGCUUAACAGUACCAGAUCAUCCGCAUAGCCCAGCACGGAUGUUGUCCCACCCAGAUCCAACCCUUUCUCGGUACGCAUUACCUCCCUAAUGGCAUGUUCUAAUGCCAAAUUGAACAGGACAGGCG